UUGGUUUUGCUGCCUAUCAACCUGAAGGCAAAUACUCCUGGGAAUAACGGGUCAGAAGAGUGAACUAGUCAGGUCAGUAUUCCUCAGCAUGGUUCUAAUUGAUCCAACCAGUUCUUGCUUCCUAGCAUUCUAGUUUUUGAUCCCCUAAUCACAGAGCAAUAGGUUGGAAAACUUCCUCUAUAAAAUCAGAGCUGUGUAGAAUCUUUUUAUUUGGUAUGUGGUUCAUUCGGUGGGAUCAAAUUCUUACAUAGCCUCCACCUUGUUUGUUUCUACCUGUGCCUACAGAAGGCCAUCUUCUAAGAAGCACAGAGUGCUUUUACUUGCUCUCUCCUUUGUGUCCCAGCCUGUGCCCUCUUGGGCUUUGUAGAAGAGAGGUAGAUUGACAGGACAGGUUGUAAAUGAUUCAUUCUCCAAAUUAGAUGGGUUGGGGGAGUGGGUAGGAGGGAGAAAACUGUCAGGUCCGAUGCACUUCUGUGAGGCUGUGCUCCCUACCUACUGUCCUUACCAUCUCUGGCCACAACUGGCCAGCUCAGGCCAGAGUCAAGGGUCAGAGCAAUCCAUCGGAAUCACUCUUUAUCUGAGUUGAUGGUAGCUGCAUUAAUGGUCAUGAGAGGGAAGUUGAUGAGCUGUCAACAGUAGAAGCAUUCCAGACCCAACUGUCUUCUCUGUUAGACAAGGUAUUCCCCAUCUUCCCAUUUCAAAACAGUUGUGGAGAGACUGAGCUGCCCCCCGGAUGAGAAAGUUUAGGGUAAACUUUAUAGUAUUAGAGUUCUUAUUCCUGUGAUCCUCUGUAUGAGUAAAUGACCUUAGCGAGGUGACUGCCUUCCAGUAGUCUGUCCUUGCCAUACUGGUCCCUUGGGGGUUGGAGAUGCCAGUUUGUCCUUAAUAAAACUGCAGAUCUCAUUAGCCAUGGUGAAAUUACUUUUUGUAGCCAGAAUCGAUAAAUCUUUAUCUCCUGGACAGUGAUAGAGCUACCUUUUACAUCAGUUUUUUCUCUUCCUUGUGGUUUUUGCUUUUGAAUGGCUAUAUCUUGACCAGUAGCUAUUUCCUGCUAUCACUGGUUCACUCUUACUUCAGGUACUAGUAUGUGGCUGCAGACAUGCCUGAAAAGAGGCUUUAUGGGUCAGUGGGAAGAGCAAAGGUUUGAAGGUCUUGAGAUGGGUUCCAGGGAGAGGAGGGGAAGAAAAAUAUAGUUUAAGAUGCUAUGACCAGAGCGUGAGGGACGCCACGAAUUCCGUUUGGAGGCAUCUUUCAGCUCGCCGAGUAGACCCCAUGAGCAAAGCUCACCUCCCGAGUUGAAAACAUUUAUGGACAAGAAAUUGUCAUUGAAAUUAAAUGGUGGCAGACAUGUCCAAGGAAUAUUGUGGAGGUUCGAUCUGUUUAUGAAUCUUGUGAUAGAUGAAUGUGUGGAGAUGGCAACUAGUGGGCAACAGAACAAUAUUGGAAUGGUGGUAAUACGAGGACAUAGUGUCAUCAUGUUAGAAGCCUUGGAGCGAGUGUAAACAAUGGGUGUGUUCAUCAGAAGAAAUCAGCUGCUUCCACAUGUCCCCUCCAUAAUACCUGUUUUACUACAAUAUAAAAAUCAGGUCGUGUGCAUUUUCAUAUUGAACUUUUUUGUUAAAUAAACUUUUAUAAUGGUAAAAAAAAAAAAAAGAUGCUAUGACCAUGGCACUUUGCUGGGCAUCUUUAUAAAUGUAACUUCCAGGGGCACCUGGGUGGCUCAGUCGUUAAGCGUCUGCCUUCGGCUCAGGUCAUGAUCCCAGGGUCCUGGGAUCGAGCCCCGCAUUGGGCUCCCUGCUCCGCGGGAAGCCUGCUUCUCUCUCUCUCUCACUCCCCCUGCUUCUGUUCCCUCUCUCGCUGUGUCUCUCUCUGUCAAAUAAAUAAAUAAAAUCUUUAAAAAAAUAAAAAUAAAUAAAAAUAAAUGUAACUUCCAGGGGCACCUGGCUGGCUUAGUCGGUAGAGCGUGCAACUCUUGAUCUCAGGGUCAUGAGUUCAAUCCCCAUGUUGGGCAUGGAGCCUACUUAAAAAUAAUAACUUAAAAAAUAAAUAUAAAUGUAACCUCAUUUAUAUCAUCUCUGUGGUCCCUGGGAGCUCCCAACUCCUUCAACCUUAUUUCCUUAU